AUGCCGCACCACAUAUCCUCCCCGCGCCCUCUUCUUCCGCGCAAGAUUCUCCAGCGGCGCCCCGCGGUGGUCGCCUGCGCCGCCGUCGCGGUGCUCGCGGCGGCCGCGAUUCUGCUGCUAGCCGCGCCGACCACCGAGGCCCCCAGCCGGACCUUACUGGCCGGUGGUUCCCUACCCUCUAGGCCUCGUGAGGAGCCGCAUGCGGCCGCGGCGGAGCGAUUCGCGGAGAGUUCCUCGCUGCCGCCAGCCGAAGCGCCGCCUCCUUCCCUCAAGAGUAGUUUUCCAUCUAAGAUUGCACCAGUCCCUUCCAUGUUUUCGGCAUCAGAACCUGAACAUCUAGAUACAAAGAGUAGUUUUCCAUCUAAGAUUGCACCAGUCCCUUCCAUGCUUUCGGCACCAGAACCUGAGCAUCUAGAUACAAAGGCUAUUUUUUCAACUAGGAUUACACCAUCCCCCUCCAUGUUUUUUGAACCAGCAUCUUCGCCGGUGGAGAAUUUUGAUGAUAGAUCAAUGGAGGAACCUGAGCAUCCAGAUAUAAAGGAAAAUUCACCAAAGGAAUCUGCCCCUUUUCUCCAGGAGCCUAUGUCCAGUGAUUCUACAAGCAGCUCGGAUGUCAGCUCAGAUAGAGUGCUGCCUCCAGACCCAGAGCAGAUACCACUUUGGUCAACUGCAGCAGAUGAAGAUCUUAUAUAUGCAAAGAAAGAGAUUGCCAAUGCACCAUUGGUAUCUGGUCAACCUGACUUGUAUGCGCCUUUAUUCCGAAAUGUGUCUAUCUUUAAGAGGAGUUAUGAGCUGAUGGAAGGACUUCUUAAGGUUUACAUAUACCAUGAUGGAGCAAAGCCCAUUUUUCAUUCUCCAUAUUUGAAAGGCAUUUAUGCAUCGGAGGGAUGGUUUAUGAAAUUAAUUGAGGGGGAUCAGAGUUUUGUUGUGAGAGAUCCAAACAGAGCUCAUCUGUUCUAUUUGCCAUAUAGUUCUCGUCAGCUGGAGCAUAAUCUUUAUGUGCCCGGAUCAAACACACUUGAACCGCUCUCUAUAUUUGUGAAGAAUUACAUAGAUAUGAUCUCUGCCAAGUUUCCGUACUGGAAUAGGACGAAAGGCACCGAUCAUUUCUUUGUUGCUUGCCAUGACUGGGGACCUUACACGACAAAACUACAUGACGAGUUGCGGAAGAAUGCCAUCAAAGCUCUCUGCAAUGCAGACCUCUCGGAAGGAGUUUUCAUCCGUGGAAGAGAUGUGUCCCUUCCCGAAACAUUCGUUAGAUCUCCAAGGAAACCUCUAGGUGGCAUUGGUGGGAAACCAGCCUCAAAGAGGUCCAUCCUCGCGUUCUUCGCAGGGCAGAUGCAUGGCCGAGUCCGGCCCAUCCUUCUCCGGCACUGGGGAGGCAAGGACGACGCAGACAUGAGAAUAUACAGCCGGCUGCCACGCCGGAUCACCAGGAGGAUGAACUACGUCCAGCACAUGAAAUCGACCAAGUACUGCAUCUGUCCGAUGGGGUACGAGGUGAACAGCCCUCGGAUCGUCGAGGCGAUCUACUACGAGUGUGUACCGGUGAUCAUCGCCGACAACUUUGUGCUACCCUUCGACGAUGUGCUCGACUGGAGCGCCUUCUCCGUGGUGGUGCCGGAGAGAGACGUGCCAAGACUGAAGGAGAUCCUGCUGGAGAUUCCGGAGAGCCGGUACGUGGCCAUGCAGUCCAACGUGAGGAAGGUGCAGAGGCACUUUCUGUGGCAUCCGAAGCCCGUGAAGUAUGAUAUUUUCCACAUGAUACUGCACUCGGUUUGGUUUAGCAGGGUAAAUCAAGUGCUCCAAGUACAGUAGCAGUGUAGAGCUAGUUAGUCGUCCACGUUUUUGUAAGGUGUUGUUAGUCUGAAGGCAGCAGGAGCAGCUGUAACCUGAUUAUGGACACUAGUGUAGUAGGUGCAGGUUUGAUCUCAGAGAAGGUGCUGAGUUGAGAUCCUUGCCUUCAAAACGAAAAGGAAAAAAGAAAGAGUUGGGAUCCUGACAUUACUGAAUAUGCCAAUAGAACAUCGACAUGUGUAUAGGUCAAGUCGAGUAACACAUUUUCAGGAACCUUGACAUUAUUAUUGGUCUGAUAAUUGAUCCUCA